CUUGUAGUGGCUGUAGACGUCCAGCAUCUCCUGGUCCGAGGGCUGCGACUUGAGCUGCUUCACCUCCUCGGCGGCCUUCUGGAACGCAGCCUAGGAGGAAGGGAAAGCCCCGCAGCGGGGACGGGUUAUUCAAAAUUAGUUCUCAUGUCGGCAGAAAGCUCAACCAUCACAGUUCGUCUUGUUCGCUCUUUCGAGCACCGGAAUUUCAGACCUGUGGUGUAUCAUGGAGUUAACUUGAAUCAGACAGUGAAGCAGUUCAUUACUUUUGUACAGAAGGAUGUGCCUUCAAGAGCAGGACUUCCUCCUCCUUUUAAAAAUUACAAGUACGAUACAAUGAAGAUUAUUCACCAAGCACACAAAUCAAAGACUGGUGAACUCGUAGUGAGUUUGGAAGAUGAUGACAAACUGAUUUUGAAAGAAGAGAGUACGCUGAAAGCAGCUGGAGUAGCAAAUGAGACCGAAUUAGCAUUCUUCUGUGAGGAAGAUUACAGAAACUACAAAGCUAAUCCUGUUUCGGCCUGGUGAAGAUCCCAAGAGAUUGUUUUGUUUUCCCAUACUCAUUGUAAAUUUUCCUUGUUCUGCUUAAUGAGUUUUUUUUUUUUUUUUAAAGAUCAAUAAAUCCUCGAGGAUUGCUUUGCA